CUGAUCCCGCCCACAUGCACAUCUACCAUCGUUUGGGUCGUCGAUAUUGUGUUGUCGCUGCACUCGUUUGCAUGUCGUCGACAGUGCCUGCUUUUCGCUAGGUGCUCGCUAUAGAGGCAUGUUGUUGGUUCGCUCGUUAGCUGUUUUCGCGCUUCUUUUAGUGUUCUCUGUCGUAUCUUGCAAUCCGUUCCGUCCUCGCGGAUACGACACUAUUGCCCCCUAUGCGAAUCUCACCUCUAUAUCGACCGCACCUGCUGUCAUUCCUACUACAGAGACUACUGCUAUCUUGACGGAAAACCCUCCUUACCCCAUUCCUGGCACCGGAACUGGCAUUGUCACUAAGGACAAUGGAGGACGCCCGAAGUCGACUGACCAGGGGUCCUCUACUGGCGGGGCAGCAUCCAAGAACGAUUCCAUGGCACCCUGCACAGUGAACAUUCCGCAAGCAAACAUCGACUGGUGGUAUGCCGCGACUUACGAGUUUCCUAUCGGGACUUUGACAAAAACUGCGAAUCCCUUCAAUGAUAGCAAGCAGUAUCUGACCAAAAUUCCUAACACGGAAACCUUCGAUGUCACCAGCGCACUCUCAGAUAUUGCUUAUACUAACAGUCUCACGUAUGAUCCGGAGUGGAACAUUACCUGGACCUAUCUGGAGCAAUAUGACGUUACCCCUAAGGCUGAGAUCACCUCUGUUAUUCCGAGGACUGCCGCUUUGCCACUUCCAUCUGGUGACAUUAUUCCCGCUACAGACGCCCCACUAUACGAUAUCGAUAUCAACAGCCUCCCAGCCGCGAGCUUGGCAAUUACUGGGCCAACAGGGACUGUAUUUAUCGCAACGUCGACGACCCCUGUUCUCUAUUUCUCAGUCUAUGAAGUAGAGACAGCAGUCCCUUCCACGGCCGCCGAUGGAAAGGUCACAUAUGAUACGACCAUCGAGACGUUCAAUUUGCCAGAUGUAUAUGCCUACUCAUACGAUCUGAAAGGUAUCGAAGACUAUGCCAUCGCAACAGGCGCCGUACCAGAUGAGUUCCUCCAGCAGAUUCCGCAAUCGGCAUGCAGCGCCGGACUCUUCGAAGCUACUGUGACAGUUCUGGUUGUUGUAGAUUUGACAUAUAUCAACUUCCCCGGAGCGAACCCCUUCAUUGUCCACAUAGAAUCUAGUGUUUUGGGUUUUGAGGACGAGACUUCCAAAGGCCCAAAUGUCGUAGUAGUUGCCACACCACAACCUCAGACAAGUACUCGUGCAGUCCACCCUCCGAUGAUUGAACACUCAGAGGAUGGCUUCUCGACAAGCGUGGACGACAGUGGUGGAGACCACCAGGCCCCCACGACUACCGCUAACGGAGCUGCCGAGACACCGGGUGCUGCGGCCACACCCGCCUUUGAGGAUAGCCACAACGCUGGGGGAAACCAGGCCCAAGGUCCCAACGCCCAGGAACCAUCACAGCAAAGCGUAGGGACGAUUGGAUCUGAGACAGUAAAGGUUGGCCCAUCGUCCGUCGUCGUCGUUGGCUCUCAAACCUUGAAACCAGGAGGUCCAGCUAUCACCGUUGGAGGGAUUCCCGUCUCUCUUGUCCCAUCUGCAACGGCCAUUGUGGUUGGAGGCACGACUUCUGCCUUACCUCGAGUACUGCCCACAGGCGUUAAUAAUCCAGCACCACCCAUUCUGACCGUAGGUUCUUCCACCUUCACAGCAAAUGCAGCCACACAAUUCUUCAUCGGACCCGGUCAAACACUCACAUUGGGAGGGACAGUCAUCGUGGAUGGAACAGUCGUCAGCCUUGGACAGUCUGCAUCUUUCGUAGUCGUGGGAGGAUCUACGCAGGUAUUUUCAUCUGCAACACCAGCUUUUAAGCCUCCUGCCGCUACUGCACGACCUACAAUCGUAGUCGCCGGGUCGACCGUCACAGCUAAUCCUGGAUCGUCCUUCAUUAUCGGGAGCCAAACCCUCGCACCUGGACAGCAGAUUACAGUGGACGGUAGUACUGUAUCCCUUGCCCCUUCCGCUUCCUUUGUUGUAAUCAACGGCCAGACUUCAAGCAUCGUGAAUCCAGCGGCUCAGAUCACUCCCCCACCAAUAACUCUGAAUGGCGCUGUCUUCACUGCACUUCCCGGGACUGGAACAACAUACUCAAUCGGAGGCCAGUUUCUUACGCCUGGCGGCGUCAUCACAGUUGGUGACCAAACUGUUUCUCUUGCAGCUGGAGCGACUGCCCUUGUCGUGAAUGGGCAAACCACGACGCUUCUUCCCCAGGCCAUUAUUACCAACGCACCCCUUUUGACUGUUGGCUCCAAAACUUACACCGCACAGUCAGGUGCUGGGACAAUAUUCAUCAUAUCGGGACAAACACUUACUCCAGGCGGCAUAAUAACCGUGGAUGGAACCACAAUAAGCCUAGCGCCUGGUGCAACACAACUCAUCUACGGAAGUGCAGGACAUAGCACAACCGAGACACUUUUCCCCGCCACAAUAACUAGGAGUCAGUCUAAUACCGGAGCUACAGCAAGCGUGGGCGCUACUCGCACGGCUGGUGGCGCUGCGGCGACGAGUAGCAAGAAGGGUGGUGGAGGCUAUGCGGUUCAACCGUCUAGAUCAGCAGGAUGGAGUCUUUUUGUUAUAAUAGGUGUGAUGGGUCUGGUGCUUGGGUAAACGUGGCAAUUUGGGUCUGGGACGAUCUCUGAAUCACGGAAACGGCUAUUAUAUCGGAACUGGGAAAACACAUAAUGACCUAACGACUUUUACGAUUUGAUUCUUGGAUUUGCUUACGGGAUAGGGCUCCUUUGCAUCUAGGACUGGGAUAUGUACUUGUAAUA